AUGGCUACCGGAGCGCUGAAAGACCCGUUAGAUGUGCUUCAGGCCAUGUUCAACGAAGUCCUUGUGCAAACAGGGAAGGCUCUCAAGCAGUCGCAGAAAGAUGGCAUCCAGAAUGCUAAUGGCCCAAUGCCCCUGGGUCGCUCAAAGAUGCCUGAGAUAUUGAAGUCGUAUCACUACGCUCUAGACGAUCUGGAGAGCGAGAUAACCAGAGCCAAGGCAGUGCUGUCGCGGGACCUAGAGAAGCUGCAAGCAGCUCGCGCACCUUCCCCUGUCCCGUCACCCGUGGCUCCACCUGCUCCGAUGAUGGACGAGCCCCGACGGCCGGCAGCCGUGAUGAUGGACAUGCCGUCGGCUGCUGCUCACACGGUAAACUCGAACGCCAUUUUUACAGAACCCCAGGAUGAAAUCAAGAGGCAGCCCUUCCCUGACAUGGGCAUGGGUCUAUCCGGCGAUGUCGUCGACUUGACGUCAAACGAGAAGCCCCCAACAGCCUCACCACAAGUGACAGCUGAUGCUGCGAAACCUGGAACUGAGGCCGGAGCCGGAACUGGGCCGCAUGCUAGUCCUUCUAUCAAGCAGUCCCCGCAGCCUGCGUCGGCCACCACCAGAAUCACCCCCGUGCCAGCACCACAAGUCCCUCCGCAACCUACAGCUCUCGGUUCUUCAGCCCAGAAAGCACCAACCCCGAAUCAGCAACCUCCUGCUGCACAGGCUGCUCAGGAUAGCACCCUCGAUGCCACGCUGACUCUGCCGCCGACGAGCGGAGCCGCAACGGCCGACAUGACCGGCGGCGAGCUUAACUUCACAAACAUGGAGUUCACAUUGGCACCUGCUUCUGAUGCCCCUUCGCAGGUUGCGCCUCCAGCACCUAUGCAGGACUUCGAUUUGAGUGCCUUCACAACCGGCGACGGGACUUCCGACCUGUUAUCGAUGGACAACCUGAACGAAGGAACCGCAUCUACCAGCGCACCCGCAGAUGCUCCAGUGCCAGCUCAGGAGAAAGAGCCCGAGACGACAGCUACAGACACCAACAUGGAUUCAAUGUACGAUCUAGGCGCUGUUGGUGGCGGAAAUAUGGACAGCAUGAAUCUGGACUUGAGUCUCGGCGAUACUGGCGGCGUCAGCGACAAUACUUUCGACGACCUGUUCUUUGAUACCACCACAGACGCCGAUAUGGGGCAAUUUAAUGAUGCAUACUUUGGGCUAGAGUAG